AUGAGCAGCUACGCGCCCAUGGAGACUGAUUACAACGGGGGCACCGGCGGAUACGCGGCGCCCCCGCCGCCGCCCCACGUUCCGCUCCCGAAGCGAGCCGGCCGACUCGGGUCGUCGGGGCGUCCGAUAACGCUCGUCGCCAACCACUUCUUCGUGGACGUGCGGAGGAUGGUCGAGCUCUCCCUCUACGACGUCACCAUCACGCCGCCGAUGCCCAAGGAACGAUCCGGCGGGCCGCGCGGACCCGCGCGCCAGCAGGAGCGAGUCCUCCCCGCGCGCCUGUGCCGCACGGUCAUGAAGGAGCUCGCCUCCAGGUACAAGUGGCCCCCGCUCGCGUACGACGGCAGCAAGCAGCUCUUCGCCCCCUCGGGCCACGAGGCUCUCAAGGAGGCGCACCGCCAGGACGGCGUCACCUACCGCGUCGAGCGUCCGGAUGACCUUCCGGGCGACCCCGGGGAGGAGUUCCUCGUGCGCAUCAAGUUCGCGGUGCCCGUCAGGGUGCGCGACGCCAUCGACGCGCACCUCCGCGGCGACCCCGGCAGCGAGCUCAUCCCCGCCGCGGCGUUCCAGGCGCUCGACGCCAUCCUGCGGCACGAGCGCGCGAUGAACCCGCUGUGGGUCUCCAUCGGACGCAACUUCCUCGACUCGAAGAACACGGUGAAGCUCUCCGGAGGUUUCGAGGUUUGGAAGGGGUACUCGCUCAGCGCCCGGCCCACGCAGGGCGCCGAGGGCGCGGGCGCGACGCACCUCGUGGUGAACAUGGCCGCGGGCGCGUUCAUCUCCGAGCAGUCCGCGGUCGAUCGCCUCUGCGUGCUCAGCGACGGGCGCGGCGGCGGCGGCGGCGGCGGCGGACGGGGUCGCGGAGAUAUGCGCUCCGGCGGUCCCGAGGCGCCGAGGCUUCCUCGCCUGCCCCUGGACGAGCGCACGUGGAGGGAGGCGCACGCCGCGUUCAAGGGUAUCAAGAUCGAACUGACGCACUUCCCCGGAUCGCGACGCAAGAAGACGUGCCGCGGGCUCACGAAGCUCCCGGCAAACCGCCAGAUGUUCCGCGACGACACAGGCAGGAGGCACCACCAGAGGCGACUCAAGUACCCCGAGCUCCCGUGCGUCAUCUGCGGCACCUCGGCCAAGCCCGUGUACUUCCCCCUGGAGGUGUGCCACGUCCCCGCGCAGCGCCGGCAGCUCCUGCAGGAUUCCACCGCGAGCGCUGAGAUGAUCCGCGUCACCGCCGCGGGACCCGACAACCGCAAGCGCGACAUCCAGUCGCAGAUGCAGAACUACGUGUGCAAGGACAGGACCCCGAGGGACUACGGCCUGGACAUCAAGUCGCAGAUGGUUCAGGUCCGCGCCCGCGUCCUCACCCCGCCGCGAGUGUUCUACAGCAGGGACCAGUUCCUGGAUCCCUCGGGCGGCGCGUGGAACCUCCGCGGGCAGACCGGCCUGAGGGAGGCGCCCGACAGGGCCUCCGGCAACAACGAGCUCUCCCAGUGGGCGAUCAUCUCCUUCGACCGGUACGUCCGCCGCGACGACUGCUACGACCUCGGCCGCACGCUCAAGCAGAAGAUGGAGCAGUUCAUCGGCAUCCGAGUCACCGCCGAGCCCAUUUGCGAGUCCCUCGACCAAGGCGGCGGCGGCGGCCGGGGGUACCCGGGGGGCGAGAACAUCGAGGACUGCCUCAAGCGCGUGGUUCGCAAGUUCCGCGACAAGCCCCAGAUCGUCUUUUGCGUGCUGCCCAAGUUCGAUAACAAGCACAUCUACAACUCCAUCAAGGAGUGCGCCGAGAUCGAGAUUGGAGUGCGGACGCAGUGCAUCAUGAACAAGGUAGGGGGCGGCGGCGGCGGCCUCAACGACCAGACCCUCGCGAACAUCAUGCAGAAGGUCAACGCAAAGUUGGGCGGCAUCAACAUGCUCGUCUCCCCAGUCACCAGCCCCAACGCGGCCCCGCGCAGCCCCACGCAACUCUUCUCCAAGGCGACCAUCAUCUUCGGCGGCGACGUCUCCCACGCUUCGCCCGGGUCGCAGGCUUCCUCCAUCGCCGCGCUGGUCGGCAACAUCAACCGCAGCUGCACGCAGUACGUCGCAAGGCUCAGCGCACAGGCGAACCGCAAGGAGAUGAUCGACGACCUCAAGUCCAUGGCCCGCGAGAUCAUGAUCGAGUACUUCAACUCCAACGGGGGCACCAGCAAUCCCGACUCGAGGCCCGAGCGCGUCAUCUUCUACCGCGACGGCGUGUCCGAGAGCCAGUUCCAGGCUGUGCUCCAGGAGGAGAUCCCGUUCCUGCGGGCCGCGUUCCAGAGCCUCGGGGACGGGAGCUACAACCCCACCAUCACAUACAUCGUCGCCCAGAAGCGCCACAACACCAGGCUGUUCGUGGCCAACCCGAGAGACGGCGAGGGCAGGAACAGGGACGUGCCCGCCGGCACCGUCGUCGACACAGGCAGGGUGAAAUUCGACUUCUACCUCCAGUCCCACUCCGGCAUCCAGGGCACCACCCGCCCGGUCCACUACCACGUGCUCAAGGACGAGAACGGCUUCACCCCGGACGCCAUCCAGAACCUCACCUUCGCGCUGUGCCACCUGUACUGCCGCUGCACCCGCUCCGUGUCCCUGGUACCCCCCGUGUACUACGCCCACCUCGCCGCGGGCAGGGGCGCCCAGUACGACAUGGCGCAGGUCAUGAGGGGAUCGGACACCAGCAGCGUGGGCGGGUCCAGCGGCGGCGGCGGCGCGGGUAAGGACGACGCGCCCACGCGAAGGAUCCAGCUGCACCAGAGCGUCAUCAACAACAUGUUCUUCGCGUGA